CGAAUGACAUUUACUUUGACUUGAUUUUUCCGAAGAGUGAAUCAGAAUCAGUCGUAGUUUUAGUUAAUUUACUUAUAUUUGUAAUUUCAAAUAAACGAGGUGCUACUUAAAAAUUGCUUGUGUUGUGUUAGAUUAUUAAUACUAAGCGUUGGUUCUUUAGGCGUUUUUACAAAGAUCUUGUUAUUAUAAUUCGAGUUUAUGUUAAGUUAAGGCGAUCAAGAUCAACCAUUAAAAGACAUUACUCCGUAUGCAAUGUAAGCGGGUCUAAUUAGAGAAGAUAGCACAGAGGAAUGUGCUGACAAUGCUACACACACUCCACACCUGCCUCCUGGGCUUGCUGGGCUUGUUAACUUCCGUCCAUGGCAGCAUCAUAGUAUACACUGAAGACCUGCCACACACGAUAGCGGAAGAAUUCCGCGAUAUACCGGCUAGUUUCGGUCCAGACCUGCCUCCAGAUGGACUUCGUGGAUUUCUGGUGUCUGGUGAGCCGGAAGAUGGCUGCACUCCACUGAAGAAACCGCCGGUGGACACGGAAAACUUCACAGGAAAAUGGGUUGUCUUAAUCGCCAGAUACAACUGCAGCUUCGAGUUGAAAGUACGCAACGCGCAAGCUGCCGGCUACGACUGCGCUGUCGUACAUAAUGUCAACUCGAGCGAUCUCGAGUCGAUGUCGGCGAAGAACCCUGAGGGGAUAACGAUUCCCUCCGUGUUCGUCAGCGACCUCGCUGGGAUAAUUCUCUCAGAAGAAUACGUCUAUACUAAUCGUUACUAUAUAAUGGUGAACGGAGAUCUACCCUUCAAUAUCAACACGCACCUGCUGUUGCCGUUCGCCAUCGUCGUGGUGCUCUGUCUCAUCGUUAUACUCAUAUUUAUGAUCGUGAAGUGCAUAAAGGACCGGCGGCGCGCGCGGCGGCACCGCCUGCCCGGCCGCGCGCUGCGGAAGAUCCCCACGUGCAAGUUCAGCAAGGGCGACCCCUACGACACGUGCGCCAUCUGCCUCGACGACUACCAGGACGGCGAGCGCCUGCGCGUGCUGCCCUGCGCGCACGCGUACCACGCGAAGUGCAUCGACCCGUGGCUGACGCAGAACCGGCGCGUGUGCCCCGUGUGCAAGCGGCGCGUGCUGGCGGCGGGCGAGCGCGCGCGCCACGACUCCGACUCCGAGAGCGAGCCGCUCGUCGCCGACUCCGCCGCCGCCUCCGCGCCGCGCACGCAGGGUGGGACUUUCGACGAACAGCGGGAGAACCCUUUCGUGAGGGCGGCGCGCUACAUCUCCCGAAUGCGGAGUCGUAUCGAGCAAAGGGAAGCCGACGCAGAGGUCGCACAGCCUUCAGAGGAUAACGACCAAAUCGUUAAUGAAGAAGCGGUCGAGAAUCGCGACACGCAGCCGCUGAUCCGCACCGAGCCGGAGCGACGCCGCCGCGCGCCGCGCUCGCGACGGGCGCGCUCGGCGCGGAGGGCGCCCGCCGCGCCCGCCUCGCCCCCCUCGCCCCCCGCGCCCGCCGCGCCCGCCUCGCCGCACGGGGACAUCGGUGUCGCUGCACUUCCGGCUCCUACGGCGACCAGCGGGCCCCAACAUAUCGAUUUAUGAACACGUGUAUUAUAAAUUAUUGUACAUUGACUCUAAGAAAAAUAGCGGACUCACAGAAUAUAAUAUCGCGAAUGUAGAAUUUUACUAACAGACACAACAUAUACAUUUAAACCGACUUCGUGAUAUCAUCGCCUUAAAUCAUUGUUUAUUAAUGACACCGAUAAUUAAGCAUGAGAGAGAUCAGGAAAUUAGAAGGAAGGAUUUUAAACCAAGGCCCACUAGCUAUGAAUCGAAGUUCCAAUCGUAAUAUUCUUCUAAAACAAAAUACGAUCACAUUAUUUAUGAUUUGCAAGAUGUAUGUUAUUCUUAAAUCUAUACUAACUUGGAACAACAAAUGUGAUUUGAAUAAACUUCAUCGGGAUUUUUCAAAGUUAUUUAAGUAGCAUGCAUUAUUUUGUAAUUUAUGCAAAUUAAUAGAGACUUAUUUGAUGGAACCAUCGAAAAUAGUCUCAAGUGAAAGCUUUUGACUUCAGCAUUAUUUUCUUGUCAUUGUAUUUUGUAAGAGUUAUAAUCUUAUGGAAUAGUCGUGCGUCAGAACAGUGACGGCUGUAGAGGCGGCCACCCAGAGGUAUUAUAAAUAAUGCAAACAGUUGUGAAAAUUACACAAUCGUUGCCUCAGAUUGUGUAGAUUUUUUAAUUGUAACUACGCCUGUAUAGUUGAAGUCUCGGUUAGCGCUACGGUUGAUCAUGCAAAAUAACUUUCAUCGCCAUGCCAUGUUAAGCUUCAAAAUCUAAUAAAGUACCUGAAAAUUUUAAACAGAGUAUGGAAACAUUAUUCCAAGUUUAAAUUUAUAACAUAUCUCUAGAAAUGUUUUUCAACAAAGUUAAUUAAUUUUCUUAAUAGUGCUGGUUAAUUGCAGUAACUUUUCAUGCCUUUGCUUAAUUUAAUUUAUUAGAGUGCAUCGGUCUUAUAUUACAAAUUUAAACCAACUUUACUUAAUUGUAUUAAAAUAUGGUAGUCUCUUUUUUUGCCAGUGUUUUUUUUAUACCAUUUAUUUCGUUAUUUUAUCAUCUACGUUAUAAAAUAUCUCGUUACAAAUAAAAACAAUUGAUCGAAAAUUUAAUUAUGAAAUAUAAUUCAACUUCCUAGAAUUAAAAAUAACACGCGUUGUUUCGCUAUGUUCAAACAUUGUUUUUGUCAGCGAUAGAUAUCCUUUGCACGUAAUUUAGGAUCGAACGCUACUAAAUAAGAGACGAUGUGCGAAUCAUGCAAAAAAAGUAAUUUUAAAUGUUUAACGUGUCUAGAGAUAAUGUUAUUUAAAAAAAGAAACUUAUAUGACCUUGCGUCAAUUAGAUUUAUAAAUCAACCUUUCCUUUAUAUUAGGCAUUUAAAAACGUUAACACAUGAAGUAUUUUAUCGAAAUAAAAUUAUAAAAGAAAAGAAACACAUAAUUUAUGGGCUGGGUCAAAAAUAAAAGUAUGUAUGUACAUAUUCGAAUCCAAGAAAUUUCUAUUUCAAUAGAAUUUGUGCAAAAUAUCAAAAUAUAAAGGAUCUUGUAAAAAAUUCUGUACAUUCACAAUCAAAUAUCCAAAAAUGAUCACAUAUUAUUUACCUAGACUAAUGUAUCAAUAAGAAGUAUAUUAUAUGUUCUUUUUAGCACAUUCUAUUGAUAUAGAACAAAAUAUUUUACUAAACUUUCAUUGUGAUAUCCCGUAAGUACAUCGUUAAUUUCAUAAUAUGAUAAUAAAUAAUUCAAGGCCACUUAGUAAGUUGUGAAGAGGCAAAGGGAAAAUUAAGUGUAAUAUAUUAUUAAUGUUCGAGGUAAAUCAAGUAAAAUGAUUGUGUAUAAGCUUUAGGUAUAUCGUAUUGUAGUAUAAUGUAUAUGAAUAUAGAUUAAAUUAUAGUUGUUAUUACUAUGGAGGACUUUUAUUAGACAGGGACUGUAACCAUUCAUGAAAACUGUAAAGAAAUUUUAUAACGACUAACUUACAUACAACUUCCAUUUACCAUGUAACACAUUAUAUUGUAUUUUUUAUGACAAAGUAUUCUUUUAUUUUUAACACGAAUAAUUAUAGUAACUUGCCAUAUAUAUUCAAAUAACGAAGGUUUCACUAGUUAAAAAUAAAACUUAGGUGUUAAGUCUUUAAAAAACUAAUUUUACAAGUUCUAAUUUUAAAUGUUUACCGCUUUGAUUGUGUUUGCAAAUGGAAACGAAAAUAUUUAUCAAUAUCGUAUGUAAAAUUGAUUUCUAGUUCCAAGUAACAACGAUAAUAUUGGAAUAAUCACUCUAAUGUUUUUUACACAACACCGCAGCGGAAGUUGAUUCCGUUAGUAAAAUGAAAACU